AUGGAGGAGGAACAAGAUGUUUCCUCCAUGUCGCAACAACAAUCGAGUGGUGCAAGAAUAAGUGAAGAAGAAGUUAUUAUAGAAGGGGAAGAAGUGAUGGUUCCGAUGACGUCCAUGGAAGAAGAAAACAAUACUCUUCUAAUACCUAAUUAUGAACAUUUCCCUUCCGAUGAUGAUAGUGUGGAGAGGGAAAAUUCUCAUCGAGACAUGAUAGACAAUUUUAAAGAUGGAAUUGAUAUAUCAUCACCUGAAGAUUAUGAACAUUCGAGUGGGAUCAUUUCAAAGCUUUUCUUUUCCUUCCUUGAUCCACUGAUUAAGGUUGGUUAUAAGAAGGGAGGCAGGAAUGAUAAACCCUUCGCUGGUAUUGUUCAAUUAAUUAGAAAAUUAUUAAUUUAUUUGAAAAUAAGGAAGGAAAAUCAAGAGAUUGAGGAUAAUUUUGAAGGAUUGCAACACUCUGAUAUUCCCAAAUUACCAAAACAUAUUCAGACCGAUAAUAUUUAUCCAAUAUUUGAAAAGAGUUUUAAACAUGUCUAUCUUAAAAAGAGGAGAUACUAUUCGGAGGCUGGAAAUUUAUGGAGUAGUAAUGGAACUCUGUUAAUUAGAGUUAUAGAGAAGGCAUCAAUAUUUCAAAAAUUAACAAGAAUAACUCCCUCAGCAAGAAGCAAGUUUGAAAGUGGAGAGUUGACCAAUUUAUUUUCUACGGAUACUAACAGAUUAGCUGGUGUGAUUAUUGAACUACACGAUCUGUGGUUAACACCAAUUAUGAUUAUUGUUGGAAUGACUCUAAUUAUUCUCUUCUUUGGAUUUAGUGCAGUGGCUGGUAUUUUAGCCAUGAUUGCUUUUGCUCCAGUUCUAGGAGUGCUUGCUAAACUAUUGACAAAAAUUGAAACUGAAUUGUCCAAACACAAAGACGAAAGAAUUAAGGUUAUGAGUGAAAUUUUGAACGGUAUCAGAAUUGUUAAAUUCUUUGUUUUUGAAGACAAAAUGAAGGAACGUGUCUAUGAUGCCAGAGCUAAGGAAUAUCAAGGUUUAAGAAAAGGAGCUCUCAUAAGAUGUUUCCAAUUACUAACUUCAGCCACCACCUCAGUUGUUGGAAGUGGUGUUACCUUCAUUUCUCAUUACUAUAUGGGUGGUGAAUUAACCAUGUCGAAUAUGUUCACUGGACUAGUACUUUUCGAAACUUUCAGAACUCCUCUUUUCAACUAUCCUAAUUAUCUUUCAAUGGCAGUAACUGCAUACGUAAGUGCUAAGAGAAUUGGUAAUUUCCUCUUUGCUGAUGAAAUUACCUCACUGCCUCACGAUCCAGAAAAUAAGUCAAAUCUCUUCAAAGCAGAAGAAAACAAAGACCUAAAUGAUAGUAUCUCAAGUCCGCUAGUUGAUUUUGCAAUCAAGUUUAAGAAUGCAACCAUAUCAUGGGGUGAGCAUUCAAGCCCAAUUCUCAAGAAUAUUAACUUGACUCUCGAAAAAGGAAAACUCUAUUGUUUGAUUGGUAAUACUGGUUCAGGUAAAAGUAGUUUAUUUUCCUCAAUUUAUGGUGAUACAGUUAUUGUCAAUGGCUCCGUCUCUGUAAAUCCAUACUCCAAACUUACACUCAGUGAUGAAAAUCCUUGGAUGAUCAAUGGAACUGUAAGAGAAAACAUAAUAUUCGACAAAUCUCUUGACUUUGAUUCUGAAAAAUAUGAAAAGGUUUUGGAUGUAUGUCAGCUUCGUUCUGACUUGGCAGGUUUCCAAAAUUAUGACCAAUCUGAAAUUGGUUACUCUGGCAUUAACCUCUCCCUAGGUCAAAAACAUAGAAUAGGUUUGGCCAGAGCUUGUUACUCCAACUCGGAUAUUAUCUUGAUGGAUUCCUCACUAAAUUCAAUCGAUGCUCGUCUCUGUAAGAAAAUAUUCAGAGAUUGCAUUAUGGAUUACCUUAAGGAUAGAACUAGAAUACUCAUUACACACUCACUGCAAUUGUUGAAAAUGGCUGAUGAAGUUAUUGUCUUGCAGCAAGGUGAGAUUGUAGCCAAGGGUCCUCUCAAAGAUAUUAUGGAUUCAUAUGAUUUUUCCAAGUUGAUUACUGAAGACGAUAACAAUGAAAAAAGUGAAGAAUCGUCUCCAGAAAUUUCUGAAGAAAAACCCAAAUCAAAGACAACUGAGAAAGGAUCUGAAUCUAAAGGAAAGCUUGUCCUGAAUGAAGAGAGAACCACUGGUAAUAUUUCAUGGGGUAUAUUCUAUGAUUAUUUGAAAGAAUAUGGCAUUUCAUUAAUCUUGUUGUGCAUUUUCCUUUCUUUUGCAUCACUUGGUACUAAAUUACUGAGUCAGAUGUGGAUUUCCUUUAUGAAUAUGAACACAUUCCAAAUGUCCAUUGCCAAUUAUGUUUGGAUUUAUCUAGUGAUUGGAUGUCUUGAUUCCCUCAUUCUAUUUAUCAGAAGUGGUUUCUACUCGUAUGGUUCUCUUAAAAGCUCACUCAAACUCCACAACAAAAUGUUGGAAGGUGUUUUAAGGGCUCCAAUUUUAUUCUUCGAUCAAAAUCCUGUUGGACGUAUUCUGAACAGAUUUACACAAGAUAUCAAUGCCACUGACAAUGAAAUGUUAUUCACCAUACCAGUGGCUAUUAAUAUUAUUCUAAACAUUCUCCUGACCAUCAUUCUGAUUUCUACAAUCACUCCAUUAUUCCUUGUUGUAAUUGUACCUAUUGGAUUGGUCUUUUAUCUCAUUCAGAUUUAUUAUAGAGUUAGCUCGAGAGAAAUUAGAAGAUUAGAGUCAAUUGCAAGAAGUCCAAGUUUAUCACACUUCUCAUCGUGUCUCCAAGGUAUUAACACAAUUAAGGCACUACUAGUUCAUGAACAAAUAUUCCAUGAUUGUAAUAGAAAGAUUGAUUUUGCUACCAAACAUUCACAUUUCCGUUUUGCAAUUAACAGAUGGUUGGGUAUUAGAAUUCAAGUUUUAGCCCAAAUUGUGGUUUUCUUUACAGCCUUGUUUGCCAUUAUUGCAAGACAUACUACUACUUAUAUUGCACCAUCUCUUUUAGCUCUUUCUAUUACUUACUCACUUCAGUUGACUGAUAAUUUUACCUUCCUUAUCAGAUACUUUGUAGAUUUAGAAAGCUCAAUGACCAGUGUUGAACGUAUUGUUCACUAUUGUAAUAAUAUUGAUUCGGAAGCACCAACUGAACAGGAGGAUGAUCCUAGUCCAGAAGAAUGGCCUUCAGAGGGUCGUAUUGAAGCUACCAAUUUCUCAGUAAGAUACAGAUCUGAUUUGGAUCCUGUAUUGAAAUCGAUUAACUUUACUAUUGAUCCAGGAACAAAGGUAGGAAUUGUUGGAAGAAGUGGCUCUGGAAAGAGUAGUUUGCUGAUAUCACUUUUUAGAUUCCUUGAAGCAGAUAGUGGAAAUAUCAAAAUUGAUGGUUAUAACAUUUCAGAUAUUGGAUUGAAAAGAUUGAGACAAUCACUCUUGAUUAUUCCUCAACAACCAGUACUGUUCACUGGUACUAUCAGAUAUAAUUUGGACAUUUUUAAUGAAUUUACAGAUAAGGAAAUAUGGUCAGCUCUAGAACGUGUUCAUUUGAAGAAUAAGAUUAGAUCUAUGGAAAAGAAAUUGGAUGAACCUGUAACAGAAAAUGGAGGUAACUUUUCCAUCGGUGAAAGACAACUAGUCUCGCUAGCCAGAUGCAUAUUAAGAAAGGCCAAAAUUAUUAUUUUCGAUGAGAGUACUGCCUUUGUGGAUCAUCAAGCUGAUGCUCUAGUUCAAAAAAUUGUAAGAGAAGAAUUUAAACAUGCCACAAUCAUCACUGUAGCCCACAGACUUGACACAAUUAUUGAUUCUGAUAAAAUCAUUGUCAUGGAAUUUGGUGAAAUAUUGGAGGUUGGAUCUCCAAAGGAAUUAUUGAAACAAGAAGACAGUAACUUUUACAAGUUGGUUAAGGAAACUGGUAAAAAUUAUUCAUCCUUCCUCAAACAACAAGCAUUCAAAGAAUAA